UCAUGUUUCAUGAUUGUAUAAGGUAACGUAUUACAGGUAGUUUCUGUAGGAUAUGCAUAGACAUUUGUACUUGGUUAGCGGUAUAAAAUGAAAUCAGGAUUCUUAUGUUCUGUUGAUCCUAAAGUAUCAAAGCUCUCGCAGCGGAAUAUUGUACAUGAUGAAACAUUGGGGAAACGAAAAUACCGACUGGAUGAUUUCGAAUUUGAAAGGAAUAUUGGAUCUGGUAAUUUCUGCGAAGUUUGGCAUGUAACACUGAAAGCCCGACCGGAAGAGUCCUAUGCCUUGAAGGUCUUUAAUGUGCAAACAGUCAAGUCUAACCACUACGUGAAGUCGGUGCAGCAGGAGCGAUUGGCCAUGAUCCGUCUUAAUACGCCAGGACAUACGAACGUUAUACGUCUGAUCGAUACAUUCAAAGAUGAUGCUCAUGUCUAUUUGUUAUAUGAAUAUGCCAGCGGAGGAGAGUUGUGGGAUGAAAUAAAACAUGUAGGAGUUCCCGAUAAAGCCACUGCUCGUAUGCUGGUCUGGCAGCUUGUAAACGGUUUGGAAUAUAUACACGGUCACGGUGUAGUGCACCGAGAUAUAAAAUGCGAAAAUAUUGUGAUUCACAAUGGAAUGCUAAAAUUCAUUGACUUUGGCACGUCGCUUUUUUUGGAUGAUGGCCAGUGUGAUACUUCCAAUGAAGCACACGAAAACGAAUAUCGAAAUAAUCCAUCUUCAAUAAAUCUAGAAACUUCUGGUACUGCUGAUAUGGUACUGCCUGGUUCAAGGAUGAAAUCCAAGUUCGAAAAUUAUGUAGGAACGCCGAAUUUCAUGCCACCAGAAGCAAUCGCAAACAUUAACUCAGGUAAAGCUGGAGACCUAUGGUCCCUUGGAUGUACAAUAUAUCAACUAUUGCUUGGGAUGAACUGCUAUAUAGGAUCUUCUAACUACUUCAUUCAUAAAAAUGUUAAACAUAAUCGACCAGCAUUUCCGGACGGUUUCGAUCCUGAUGCGAAAGAUCUUAUUGAGAAAUUGCUAGUGAAGGACUCUCAUGAACGCCUUAGUCUCAUGGAUAUACGACAACAUAAAUAUCUCGCCAGUGUGCCCAAUCAAUCUUUCACUGUCGUUCCAAAGAAGUUUGACAAUUUGUCCGUGGAGAUAAGACGCGCUUGCUGUAAAAUCCAAGAAUCGAUUUUUGAUUUAACGAUUAAGCGUGAAAAGGUGACAGAUGCAGACUACCAAAGUAUAGAGGAGCUUUUAAAGUGGAUGGAACAACAUGCUCCUCCAGCAAUCACGAGUGCCUUGCAGUUCAACUACUAUCGCAUGAGGGAACAACUGACAGUUGAAAUAGAUGAAGCUAACUUAUAUAUGAGAUCUUAAGAAGGGAAAAGCACAGCAUUAC